CAAUUGUGGGCUGAUCGAGUAUGCUCGCCAAGUGUUCGAUGAAAUGACGCACAGAGACGUCGUUGCCUAUACUGCGUUAAUGGACGGGUAUGUGAGAAAUGCUCGUGCUUCGCAAGCUCUGGACCUCUUUCUAGAGAUGAAAGUAAAUGGGGUGGGGGCGGAUGGGGGUGCUGUUGUCACCGCUCUUUGUGCUGCCGGAACCUUGGGCUGCGUUUGGCUUGGAAAGUGGAUACACGGGUUCUUUAUCGAAACGGGUAGGGUCGUCCGAGAUGUUUAUGUAGGCAGUGCUCUCAUUGACAUGUAUUCCAAAUGCAAUUGUAAUGAAGAUGCACUCAAAGUUUUUCGAAAUAUGCCUUACAGAAAUGUCGUUUCUUGGAGUGCUUUACUAUCUGGUUACGUGCAGCGCGAUAGGUUUAAGGAAGCACUGCUUCUUUUCCAAGAAAUGCUAGUUGAAAAAAUCGAGCCAAGUGAAGCUACACUAGUAAGUGUCCUCACAUCAUGCGCUCACCUCGGCUCGUUGGAUCAAGGCAUGUGGGUCGAUAAGUACAUAUACACACAUAAAAUAGAAUUAAAUUCACCACUCGGGACAGCUUUAAUCGACAUGUACGCCAAGUGUGGUUGCAUUAAAGAAGCAUUCCGCGUCUUCGAAAGUAUGAAUUCUGUGGAUGUCUACCCAUGGACAGCCUUAAUCUUCGGACUAGCAAUAAACGGACAUGCUAUAACCUGUCUAAAUCUUUUCUCUCAGAUGUUAAGCAGUGGAGUCAAACCGAAUGGAGUCACUUUUAUAGCCGUUUUAAGCGCUUGUUCACACGGGGGUCUUGUAAACGAGGGGAAGGAAAUAUUCAAACUAAUGGGAAGUGUUUACGGUGUGAUACCGACCGUUGAUCACUACGGUUGUAUGGUGGAUAUUCUUGGUAGGGCGGGGAGGUUGAGAGAGGCGGCGGAGUUGAUCGGGGAGAUGCCGAUGGAAGCUAGUGGCGGCGUGUGGGGUGCUUUGUUCGGUGGUUGUGUGAAUUAUGGGGAUUUGGAGAUGGGGGAGAUUGUGGGGAAGAGGUUGAUCGAGAUGGAGCCGAGGAGGAGUGGGGGGUAUGUGGUUUUGGCGAACUUGUACUCGAGAUUUGGGGAUUGGGAAAAGGCGGCUAAUGUGAGGAAGAAGAUGAGUGGAGUUGGAGUGGAGAAGGUGAAGGGGUGUAGCUGGAUUGAAUCGAACGGUGUGAUACGUGAGUUUGUUGCGUUCGAGAAAUCGGAUGCGGCUUCGGAAAGUGUGUAUGGAGUCUUGGAUAGUCUUACUGCUCAGAUGCAGCAGAAGCUUCUUUUUGUUGUGGAAGAAGACAAUUUCUUGGAAGUUUAGAGCUAU